AUGUUCACCCUCUCCCUCCUGAGCCGGGGACAUGGCAAGCUGGUCCAGAACAAACAGAAGUUAGAAGUCUAUUUUGAACCGGAGGAUUACUUGAACUGGAAGUCCCCGGAAGAUUACAUCCUGGUCAGCAAACCACAGGAUGAGGGCAACACUGACCAGCGCACAUGGAGCCUCUUUCUUCCUAAAACAUUCAGCACUAGAAAAGGCGCCCUGAUCCUCUACUCAGAAGGUUUGGCUAUUUCAGCAUGGACCCCCGAAGAGAGGAGAAAAGGUCCCUACUGCCCCAAAGGCUGCAGGAAGAGGCCAGAUCUUGAAUUGCGCACACUUCAGGACCUCAAAGAAGCCAUCCUGGCGUACGGGAGGAGACAGAGAGAGCAGGACAGAGCCUGGCAGCCGUACCUUCACUUCCGAAGCCAACCAGAGAGACAGGGCCUGCGGCAGAUCCAACCUGGGUACUCAGCCAAGAGAUACCUCCGCAGCCUCUUGCGGACGUGGCCCCCUGGCACCAUAUACAAGCUCCAAUGUGCAGGAUACAUCAAGGAUUCUGUGCUGCUUCAGGACAGUCAACUUAAUGUACCAAAGAAUCUCAGGCCACGGCAGGACCUUUCAGGUGUACCUCCCAAAUACCAUCUCCUGCCUGUCUUCCCUCCAUUUUGGAUUCAACAAGGAAAAUCUUCUGGACAAGGUCAGCAGGACCUGCGUGAAGGGAAAGCUGGGGCUGGUGGACAAGUGGACCAGGGCUCUGUAGCCAAGGACCGUGGCAGCCAGGGGACUCGCUUGCCACCACUCAGGAAGCAGCCCUGGCAGGAAGACGAAACCCAGACAGAGGACACGUCAAAAGACAAUCACUGUUGUAUCCAUGCUUCAAAAGAAAGCCACCAUGAAAAAGCACAGCAAACCUCCAGGAGGACCCUCGGGCAUGCCCUCUUCGAUCACUCUUGGCUCCUGCAUGACAAAUCCCACACGAAAUUCUACUACGGAGGCACCUUCCCCCACAGGAAGGCAGACCUCAGCGACAAACAAGGGACUAUGACUCUGCACCAGGGCAGAAGCAGCCACUUGUUCAAGGAGCCUCCUGCCGAACGAUGUCUUUUCCCUCCUGUAGAACCUGCUGCUGGCUCAGAAAAAAACAUGCCUGGGGAUGUGAAGAAGAAAAAGGUACCUAAAGCUUUGAAAUUACCCCUUAUCUCAGAAGAACCACCCAGAGUCCUGGACCCCCCGAGAAGUCAACUUAAAGCCAGUGAGCCCCCAACAGAGCUCUUCAUCUUCCCUGUGGAGAUUCAUUAUCACAGCCAACACCCGCCAAAAGGCAAGGCGCGAAGAAGAGGUGCUCCACAUCCUGAGUCAGCACCAGAAACAGAAGAAGAGCAUGGGCCGUCAUGGAGACCUCCCCUGAAGCAGGUGUCCCUAAGAAGGUCAAGGGCGUUAAGAGUGCAUCUCCCAGUGGACACAGACAGGGACACACUCUCGCCUCAAGAGGAUGUUGCUCCGCCCCAGAAGGGGGCCUCAUCACCGUCCCUGAGGAAAGGAAAGAGAAGUCCAGAGAGCCAGAGAGGCCCAGACAGCCCCAGGACAUCAGGCCACAGCAGCCCCACAGGCCCCACACGUGACAGACCAGCUGGGGGGGCACUUCCAGCAGCAGGACGAGCCUAUGAAUCUGUCAGUUCAAAUGCCGUCCACGGAGAGGAGGAAUCUAGUAUUCAACAUCUACUAAAAGUAAACACAGAAUACAGAACAGAUCUUCAUAUGAACCUUAAUGAGACCUCACCUUUGACUCAAAAGCCAGAGAAUCAGGGAGCCCAGCAGUCCUUGGAGGCAGCAGCUCAGAAGACAGGGGAGCCUCAAAGUUGUAUAAAUAAAGGGCUGAUAUGUUCAAACAGAAAAGAAUUUUACACGCGCAAGCUGCACCUCGACAUGAUGCCGUUCCUGAAGGCAAGUGGAGAAGAGAUGGAUGAUCAUGAAGAGGCUGGAGAACUCCUCAGAGAAAAUCAUCCAGACGCUCAAGACCCAGUGCCGAGGGAUAUGACCCUUGACCCUCUUUGUGCUUCCCUGGAUGAGCACAUGCAGACCCCUGAGGCAGACACUGUCCAAAAGGUGAGCAAAGAUUAUAAUGUGCACCAUCGGCACAGAGGACUUCCAGGACGUGGGCCUGACUCACCAGAAGGGCUGGAUCCUUUAGACACAUCUUUUCUUCCAAGAGAAAAAGAAGGGAAGACUGAGCCAAGGCUGUUCAACCAGCAGACAUCAAACAGCAUCAGUAACGAGAUGGAGUUGAUUGAAAAAACCAAGAGCAAGAAAAGGGCCAAGACAGAUAAGUCCAAGGCACCCAAGAGGGAGAAAGAAGGAAAAUUCGGUGAGGAAGCAGAGGCUGCUGUUGGAAAGUCAAAGGAAUCAAAAGUUGAAAAGAAAUCAGAGCUAAUUGCCAAAGGAAAAAAACCAGGAGCCAAAGGGAAAAGGACACGGAAGGAAGGGAAUCUGGAAACAGCUGCGGAGCUGAGUGGGCCUGGUGUCAUUAACUCUAAGGAAACCAAAGACCGCUCAGGCGGAGGCGUCUUCCGCUCAGGCUCUGGUGUAGAGGACCCUUGGCUCUCUUCCAAAGUUGAGGCUCCUGAGAGUCAAGUUUCUAUAGAUGGAAGGUCAUCGCCCACCCAGACUGCAACUGUCCCUGCAAACACGGAACAUGAAGGAGAGGGAAGCCACGAGGACCCUUCUAAGGCCUUCCUCGUCAAGAAGGAACGAGAGAAGGCUUCCCGGGACAGGCUGCGAGCAGAACGGGCCGAGAUGAGGCGGCUGGAGGUGGAGAGGAAGAGAAGGGAGCAAGAGGAGCGGCGGCGGCUGGAACAGGAGCAGCUGGAGAGGGCGGAGAGGAUGAAGGAAGAACUGGAGCUGGAGCAGCAGCGCCGCGCGGAGGAGACCCGCCUCAGGAAACAGAGACUUGAGGAAGAACGACAGCGGCGGGAGGAGGAGGAGAGAAGGCAGUGGCUCCAGUUGCAAAUGGCCCAGGAGCGAGCUCGGCAGCAACAGGAGGAGUUCCGGAGGAAAUGUCAGGAGCUGCAGAGGAAGAAGCAGCAGGAGGAAGCUGAGAGGGCUGAGGCAGAAAAGCAAAGGCUGAAGGAGUUGGAAAUGCAGUUAGCAGAAGAGCAAAAGCGCCUGAUGGAAAUGGCUGAAGAAGAACGGCUGGAGUACCAGCGGCAGAAACAGGAAGCAGAAGAGAAGACUCGGCGGGAAGCAGAGGACAGACGGCAGAAGGAAGAGGAAGCGGCAAGGCUGGCUCAGGAGGAAGCCAUGAAACAAGCCCAGGAGCAAGCCAGGCAAAAAGAUGCUUUGAAGAAACAUCUUCAUUUCCACCAAGAACUCCAUAAGGAAGCCAGUGGCCUGCAGUGGACACACAACAUUUCCAGACCAUGGGUCUACUCUUACUUUCAAUUCCUACAAAUACCAAGACCUUAA